AUGUGCACGUGCUUGCGCGCGUGGGCGUGUGCGCUUGUGGGCUUUCUCCGGAGAGGUGGCACUGCAGUCCCGCCGCUUGCACCGCCACCUGGCUCUUGCUCCCCCUGGGUGUCCUCCUCCCAGCUGCCCGAGCGUCCACCCUGUCCGCCCACCCCGCUCUCGCUCGCUCGCUGGCUCUGCGGGCACCCGCACCCUGCGGAGAGGCGCCGAGGACCCGCACGUGCUGCUCGUGAUUCGCGCGCCGCUCCCGGGCCGGUGCGGGUCUCGUGUGCAAUGAGCUUCCGAGAUGAGGAGUUGCUGGCCUUGAAGAGGUUUUCACUGGCCCGGCGCCUCGUUCUGGGACACGUGGAUGCAGCCGGGCUCCGGACUCAGCGGCAACGGCCCUCGCCGGUGGUAGGCACCCCAGGCCAAACAAGAAGAGCCGGCUUCAGCCUCGGGCACCUGGGGGCGUUUGAUCUGGGGAGGGGGACCCUGGCGAAGUGCUGUGGGCGAACGGGUGGCGAGGGACGGGGCACCUUGACGGGUGCCCUCAAGCACCUACUCCGGAGCCUCCGAGCUCGGCGCUGA